CUCAAUGUGCCGCAUUAUGUAUGACAUUUAGUGACAGAUGUUGUGAAAUAGCGUAUAUAACCUCGACUGAAGAGUGUAAACUGGAUCAGUCCGGAUGCUGUCACACAGAUUUUGACUAUUUAUCAGGUUCAGACCUAAUACAUAUUGAUCGUAAACAGAUGAUGAAGAAUACAUUAUCUGUAACAAAUGGCGGAGUUUAUGGAGUUUGGGAAUCUGAAGAAUUUUGCACGAAAGGUCAUUAUGCCAUUGGAUUCAGAAUGAAAAUCGAAGGACAGGAUAAAGAUAGGUCAGAACUGAAUGCUAUAGAAAUCAUUUGUGGAAGUAGAGGAAGUUAUCUUUGUGGUGACAGGGCUAGUUCCGGUCAGCAGAAAUGGGGAAAUUGGACAGGGGAGGCACUUUGUCCAGCUAACACAUUUCUCACAGCCUUUUCUCUACAAGUAGAUCCAUACGAUGUUGAUAAAGAUAGCACUGGUGUCAACUACAUAAGAUUCAGAUGCAGAUAUUUCAAUGGUGAAUUUAUUGCCGAAGAUCUUACCUAUCCUCCUGGGAUUGGACCAUUUGGCACUUAUGGUGAAUGGAGCGACACCUGUUCUAUUAACAGUGCCAUAUGUGGUUUACAGACCAAAAUUGAGGCUCCCCAAGGAGAGGAUGACGAUACUGCACUGAAUGAUGCUAAAUUUUUCUGUUGUGAAUAAAAAUACUACAGUCAAUAUAGCAAUUGAACUCAUUUGGUGUUUUGGGGUUAAUAUAACGUUGAAUGUUUAGAAUGUGAAAUGAUUACAUUUAAAAUUAGUUUUCUAUGUUGUGUUUCCUAUACUAUUAUUUGUUUGUUUGUUUUUUUUUAUUUUUAGUCAUGGCGUUGUCAGUUUGUUUACAAUCUGUGAAUUUGAAUGUCCCUCUGGUAUCAUUAGUACCUCUUUUAAAUCAGAAGUGAAUUGUUCACAUGUCAGUAAAUUCCACAAUAUGUAAAAAUCGACCUUAUGCAAAU